GACGUGGGACGCUCGGGAUGGGAUGAGGUGAAAAACAGCGAACAAAAAUGUGAAAAGAGUGGGAGUUGUGAUUUAGAAGAUUAUUAUUUCCUUAUUAACCAAUAAGGAAAACAUGGCGAAUUCAAGUUCUCCACAGGAGGCUUUUAAUUUGACCUCUCCUCAGGCUCACCGCGCUGAGAUCCUGGAAAAUCCACUCCGGACGUAUCUCCUGGGAAUCAUAAUCUCCAUAUGUGGGAAUGUCCUCAUCAGCAUUUCACUCAACAUACAGAAAUAUGCCCACGUCCGUCAGUCUCAGCGGGGCUCCAAGCCUUACUACACCUCUGCGAUGUGGUGGUGUGGUGUGGUUCUCAUGGGCAUCGGCGAGCUCGGGAACUUUGCUGCCUACGGCUUUGCCCCAGCAUCGCUCAUAGCCCCGCUAGGUUGUGUGUCUGUCAUAGCCAGCGCUAUCAUAUCUGUGGUUUUCCUCAAGGAGACGGUGCGCGCCUCUGACAUUGUUGGUGGCACCCUGGCAAUAACAGGAACGUAUGUCCUGGUGACCUUCGCCCCCCACACUUCCACUCACAUCACAGCCCAUCUGGUCCAGUACUACGCUGUCAGCUGGCACUUCCUGCUUUACCUUUUCAUAGAGGUCAUCGUCUUUUGCAUCCUGCUCUAUGUGUACAAGAGGAAGAAGGUGAAGCACAUCAUCAUUGUGAUGCUUCUGGUGGCCCUGCUCGCCUCUCUGACAGUCAUCUCAGUCAAAGCUGUGUCGGGCAUGAUCACAGAGUCAAUAAAAGGCCAGCUGCAGCUCAUCUACCCCAUCUUCUACGUCAUGCUCGUCGUCAUGGUCGCCUCUUGUGCCUUCCAGAUUAAAUUUCUAAAUCAGGCAAUGAAAAUGUUUGAUGCUACAGAAGUGGUUCCCAUCAACUUUGUGUUUUUCACUGCAAGUGCAAUUGUUGCAGGGAUCGUAUUUUACCAGGAAUUCGAAGGCUUGGCUUUACUUAACAUUUUUAUGUUCCUUUUUGGUUGUCUUCUGUCUUUCCUUGGAGUUUUCCUGAUAGCCCGAAACAGGCCAAAAAUAAAGCAACAGGAUCGCAAUUUUAUCGCAAUGGAUAAGAUCCCUGGGAGAAGGCACACAGACAAAGUUCAGCCUGAGGCAAAGACUCUGACAUACGGAUCGCUGGCAGCCAAACUCAUGUGCAACAGAGCUGGCCAAACAGACGAUUCAUAGGACCAGCUCCAUCUGUUUGGACUGUAAUAUUGGUGGAUUUGUGUGUGUGUGUGUGUGUGUGUGUGCAUUCUUCCUCCUGGGUACUUCAACAAUAUCUCUAUUUAUAGAAAUAAAUGGUAAGCAUCAACUCAAACCAGUGCCAGCUGAGCGGCAGUAUUGGUGGCCAUAUUGGUCUUAGAUUUUAUUUAUUUUAAAAAAGGCAAAUCUCUGUCAAUAUCCUAAAUAUCUCUUGAGUUAACAGUAUUUCCAGCAGGGUUGUCAGGAGUAACUGAUGAGGAAAAAAUGACUCUCAAUGCACUGAAACACCUCAGGAUCACAGCGCAAUAUCAAAUGCCCUACUAGCAAUAAAUUUCAAUUAAAAAGGGGUCCAGGAGGCCACUGUGCCAAAUGCCUUCCAGUGUAACAUAUGUGUUGUGUUUUUCAGUUGAAUAUGUUGGUGUAGGUGUGACCGGUUGUCAAUAAACAAGGAGAAAAUCUAA